UCUGAUUUAUUUGAGAGAGAAAUUAACCACCAUGGCUGAUCCAGCAACUCUAAUAAUUGGUUUGCUUUCAAAUUUGGCACCUGCGAUUAAGGAUGAUUUCUCUUUGUUUUGGAAUUUUAAGAAGGAUGUUGAAAAACUGUCGAGCACGCUAUCUGCAAUUAAUGCCGCACUUGAACAUGCUGAGAUAAAGGACGUGUGGAAGAAGGACAGACAAACUGAAGAUUGGUUGCGGAAGCUGAAAGAUGUGGCAUAUGAGGUUCGAGACAUCAUGGAUGAGUGCACCUUUGAAGAUCUUCGUCUUCAAGUCAAAAGGCUUAAUCCCUCCUCCUCCUCCUCUUCAACCCGGAUCCAGGUAACCAACUCAUGUAUCACCCUUCCUUUUAGCAACUUUUGGUUGCGUCGUGAAAUUGGUUCCAAAAUUAAGGAUGUUCAAGAGAAACUAAAACAGAUUUAUUCUGAGCGCAAAAAUUUACAUUCGCCUGAACCUAUUCAUGACUCGAAAAUAAAAGACAAGUUUACUAGUAGUUGGAGAGAAACCAUGUCUCUUUCUAGUAGUCCAAUAUAUGGGAGAGACAAGGAGAAGAAAGAAAUUAUUGAUAUUUUACUCAAUAAUAGUACAUCUAGUACGGUUAGUGUUGCUACAUCUGUUCUGCCUAUUGUUGGGAUUGGGGGUCUUGGUAAAACGACACUUGUUCAAAUGGUCUUCAAUGAUUAUGAAGUUUCUAAGCAUUUUGAUCUCAAAUUAUGGGUUUGUGUUUCUGAUGAAUUUGAUAUUAAGUUGAUCAUCAAAGCCAUCAUAGGAGCAAAUAAUGAAACUUCUUUGGAGAUAUUGCAGAAAAUGAUUCAAGAUAAAUUGAGAGGGAAAAGAUAUUUGAUUGUAUUGGAUGAUGUUUGGAAUGAAAACAAAAAUGCAUGGAAUCAGUUGAGAUCUAUAUUAGAUUGUGGAUUAAACGGUGCGUUCGUCCUUACCACGACACGUAAAAAAAAUGUGGCGGAAAUCAUGAAAACGAUUACACAUUUUGAGUUACCGUCGCUUAGUGACGAUGAUUGUUGGCUACUAUUCAAAGAACGUGCAUUUGAGGAUGGAAAACCAAAAGAUUCAAACUUCAUUAAUAUUGGUAAACAAAUAUCUAAAAGAUGUAAGGGUGUUCCUUUAGUUGCCAAAACAUUGGGAAGUCAACUGGGGUUUUGUGAUGACGAAAAAGAAUGGCAUAGAAUAAGAAAUAGUGAGAUAUGGGAAAUAUCCGAAAAUGAAGAAGAUCUCUUGCCUAUUCUAAGGUUGAGUUACUAUGACCUCCCUUAUCAUUUGAGAAGAUGCUUUGUGUUUUGUGCUGUAUUUCCCAAGGAUACUCUAAUUGAAAAGGAGAAAUUAAUUCAAUUGUGGAUGGCACAUGAUUUAAUUCCUACAGCUAAAAAGCAAAAUCUGGAAGAUGCUGGGAAUAGAAUUUGGAAGGAGUUGUGUUGGAGAUCCUUUUUUCAAGAUGAAAAAGAGAACAAAGAUAAAUUUUAUACAUGUAUGAUGCACGAUCUUAUGCACGAUCUUGCCCGAUCUGUUAUGAAAGAUGAAUGUUAUACGAUGAAGGCUAAUAGCUCAAGUGAUGGUUUAGAACGAGAAAUUCGUCAUGUAACAGCAACUGUUGAUAAGUUAAACCAAACAUCAGUUUGUUCUCUUAAGGAAAUUAGAGGGUUGCAAUCAAUAAUGCUCAAUUGCACAGAUUAUGAUAGAUAUGUUGUCGGGUGGGGGAUUUUGAGUGUCUUGAAGGAACUUCUGCCUUUACGUGUCCUUGAAGUAAGACGAUGUUGGUACGAUGAAAAUUUGAGUUAUGUGAGUCGUCUAAAGCAUCUUAGAUACUUAGACAUUUCCUACAGUGAUGAGAUAACAACACUGCCUAAUAGUAUUUGUGAUCUCUUCAACUUACAGACUCUGAAACUCAAUUAUUGUUUUGAGCUUACAAGUUUGCCUAAAAAUAUGAGGAACUUUAUUAACUUGAGACAUCUUUAUUUGGAGGGUUGUUAUAAAUUAACGUAUAUGCCUAGAGGAAUGGGGCAAUUAAAACAUCUCAAGACGUUAAACUUGCUUGUGAUAGGCAAGGAGGAGAGUGACUGUCAACUAGACGAAUUAAAAGAAUUGGAUAUCUGCGGAUUUUUAAAAAUUGUGAACCUUGAAAGAGUUAGUGAUGCAUCUAUUUCAAGAGGGAUAAGUAUGGCUAAAAUGUCGAGUAUCACUAACCUGGAGUUGGAUUGGGGUUAUACAUAUGGUGAUGAUGCUGAUGGACAUGAGAAAAUUUGUGAAGCUCUAGAGGUUUCAACUGAGAGGCUGAAGAUAUUGAAAAUGAUUGGUUACAAAGGUGUGAAUCCUCCUAAAUGGGUGGGAAAGUCAUCUCCUCCUGUAACAAGUCUUGAGCAAAUGGAGAAUGUGAAUACUAUUGCUAGUAGUAGAGAUGACAAUGAAAUGAUAGUGCUAUUCCCUUUGCUAGAGGAAUUGGAGAUUAAUAAGAUGAAGAAUUUGAGAGAAUUGGUGUCUCUUACUAUUCCUAGUACUGGAGCAUUCCCUAAUCUAUGCAAGCUAGGGAUAUAUAAUUGCCCAAAGCUAGGGGCCUUGCCGUCGCAUCUCAAUGCACUUAAUGAUGUAACUAUUGAAGGUGAAUGUUCGGAUGAGUUGUUAUAUAGCAUCUCAAAUCUUAGUGCUCUGACUCAUCUCAAAGUUUAUAAGAUGAAUGAAAGAAGUGCUUUAUUUGGAGCUGGUAAAGCAUUAAUGUUUGAUGAUGAGAUACCAUCGUCCUCAAGUCAAAUCCUUAGGGACAAUAAUGAAGCACAAUUAGGAGGAGUACGAUCAACUUUCCAAUCUCUUCAACAUCUGAAAAUUGAGAACUGCAAGAAGUUAAGGCGUUUGUUUGAUGAGGGAAUGAUAAUGGAAGAAGAGAGUACUAAUGGCUGCGAGAAGCAACAAAAGCAUCAUCUUCAAGCAGAAAGAACAAGAGCUGUCACCAACCUCACCAACUCUCUCAGGGAAUUGUAUAUUGAGAAUUGUCCGGAGUUGAUGAUAUCACUUGAAGAAUUUGGAAACCUCAAUGUUAAUAAUAAUUCACUACAGAGGUUGACUAUCAUUGAUUGUCCCAAGUUGGUGUCUUCAGAAGAAUUCGUCAAUUGUAUGGCUCUCCUACGAUCCCUUCGAGCAAGACUUGGUCGUAUCUACUUCGAUGUAGAUAUUCUAUUAGAAGAGGAAGCGAAAGCAAAUUCGGAGGAAAAUUGAAAAUUGGUGUCUUCAAAAGAAUCAG